GCAGCAGCCGCGACGAUGCUUGCGUUUAGACGAGGCGAGGCCUUCUUCUUCGACGUAUUGGAUUCCGUGUUGCGGAGCUGGGUUUCGUUCUACGGGAAUCUGUUUGCCCACUAUGGCGAUGAAGCUGGAAGUUGUAGCUGGCUUAGCAUUCCUUUUCUCGGUCGGUUUUCUCCUUCAGAUUCUGGGAUGUGCUUUAUACAAUAACUGGUGGCCAAUGCUCACUGGUCUAAUGUACAUAAUGCUGCCGAUGCCUUGCUUGUUUUUUGGAAGCGGCGAUUCUGGGAUUUUUUCUUCUGAUGGGGGCGACUGGGAAGACGCCGCCAAGUUCCUCACUGGUUUUUCUUCUGUUGGAAGCAUUGCUAUCCCCGCUAUUUUGCGACAUGCAGACCUUAUCACGGCAGGCGCUAUGUGGAUUGAAUUCAUUGCUUUCUUCGUUCUUCUAGCCACGGUGGUGAUAUUUCAACGCGUAAGUCAGGAAGACAAUUACAGUUAUUACUGAUGAAAGUCAUGGAUUGGCUCAGCCAUUUGUACAGUUCUUGUCUACUUAGAAAGGUGUUGAAUUGCCCAGUAUUAUUUCGAAACUCACUACAUUAGUCACCACAACAGUAACAUUUAGAUUGGGUUCUAGCCUUGUGUUAUGUUCAACAUAUAUUCCCGUUUUGGGAAGAGUUUCAGUCAAGCAUUUUUGAAAUCUUGUUAGCAAACAUUGUUUUAGCGUGAUGUGUUCCUGUAUCAAAGUUGACAUACACUUACGAAGAUUAUAUAGCCCUCAUAGUCUAUGGGAAUCCUUGCCCUCUGUUGUUGAUUAGAAAUGGCUCUGAGUAGGACAGCGGCAGGACAUUAGAUACAUCAGGUGUAGCAGGGAUUAGAGAUUUGAGUUAAUAAUUGCCACAUGUACUCAGCGCACCAAGAUGUAUCAAUUUGCUCCUUCUGGACUGCAACCCAUUGACGUUUU